AUGGAGAAGGGCUAUUUCACGGUGAAAUUCAUGACGAUGGAGGAUAAACUUAGAGUUAAAAACAAUUCGAUUCAGGAGUUGCCUACGGGCCAUAUCCGUCUCCGUGAAUGGGUUCGCUAUUUUGACCCAUAUAAAGAAUCAUCGUCGUUAGCUCAAAUAUGGGUCCGUAUAUAUUAUCUGCCUUGGGAAUUUUGGAAACCGGAGGUGAUUUCAGGAAUUGGAAGAGCGUUGGGCACUCCUAUUCGCAUUGAUCAUGCUUCGGCUAAUGCCGAAGUAGGGCAUUUUGCCCGGAUUCUUGUCGAAGUGGAUAUGGCUCGCCCGAUUUUGAACUCUAUGUACAUUGAUGAUGGUAAUACUUCUUUUUAUAUUGAGUUUGGCUUUGAGACAAUGCCAUUUUUCUGCUCACAUUGUAAGAUUACUGGCCAUUCGUCGGAGAAGUGUCGGCGUUUGCCAGCUGACAAAGCAAAGGUAGGUACUAAACAGGCGGAACCUAUGACUGUUGAAGUUGCGGGUUUAAAGCCUUCAUGGCAGGCAAAGGCUGCGGCCGUUAGCCUUCCUAAGGACAUGGGAGCUCUGGGAGCAGGUUUGGAGGCCGUUGAGAACUCGAGUCAGUCGAAGGAGAUUAAAUCGGCUGGCAAGGAAAAAGCUCCGGUUGUGCAGCAGGAGAAACAACCGGGAGUUGAGGGGAAUGCGAAGGUUUUAAACUCUCCGCGUAUGUCAAGAGAGUCUCCUUUACGGAAUUCUACUUUGACCAAUAGAUUUGAUGCAUUACGGUAUGAGCCUGAAUGCGAGGAGGGGCAUGAUCAGCCUUUGAAUGAAUGUCAUUCGGAGGACGAGGAGAUGGAUGAAGAAUUGGAGAUGGAACCUGCUCCAGGGAAGGAAAAGGAAGCUCUUGUUUUGGAGAAGGAGCAGGUUAGUUCGGAUAUUGCUAGUCGUUUGAGUCGACUAGAAGAGCAAGUUAGUCAGGGGAUGUAA